CUCAAUUACCUUGUACACCUUAGAUUUCCAAACAAUUAAAUUUAAAAAUAAUUAGGUCAUGAUAAUGUUUAUAAAAUACACUUCUGCUGACUAAGGUCUAAACACGUAGACCGCUAGAAACAACAUUCCAAAUUCCAUUCAUAUCAAGUGACUCCUACUGGAUGGCAUAUUCUUUUCCUCGUACAUCAAAUCAACAAAAUUAAAUAAAUGAUCGCUUUACGCUAUAAAAAUACGAAAAAAAUCUACAAACAUGUUUAAAAAGGGAUUGUUGGUUCCUUUUUUCUGCUUUUCUUUGUUUCUUGUUGGUCACAAAGCUGAGGAGAAUUUGGAAGUCUCUUGUAAUAUAAAUGUAAAGAAAGCGAUACAAUGUGUGAGUGAUAAAUUCCUAAGUAUCUCAGUAGAUCCAGCUGUACUUUUAGCAGGCGUUAAUUUAAGUGAAAAUUCGUUAAAAUUGGCCAAACACCUCAGUCCAGCAUUCAUCAGAAUAGCUGGACCAACUACUCAGUUUAUCAAGUACGUGGACCAAGAUGAUGCCUCCCACAAUUUACUCACAGAGGAUGGAAAUAACGUGAGAAUUACUCCUUCAAUUUGGUUCGGGAUAAACGAAUGGUUAAAAUUAGCCAAAAUAACACCGAUAUAUGGAAUUAACGAUAAAGAAACAAUACAGGGGGUCUGGAAUCCUAAGAGUACCUUGCCAUUGUUUGACAUUUCAGAGCAGCUUAAUAUUAGCUGUUAUUGGCAGCUUGGAUAUGAUGCCUCAAACAAAAACGAAACUAGAUAUAAACAAGAUCUCAACAUAUUUCAUUACAUUAUGGAAGCCUAUGCUAGUAAAAAUGACACUUGGAAAUUGGUAGGAAGUGACAUUAGCUCGUUGCCAUCGAGUGAUGUGGAGAAUAUCUUAACGAAUGUACACGAUCUAACUGAAGCUGUAAUGUGGGAACCAAGCGGACUUACAGUUGAAGAAUUUCCUCCAAAAGAUACAGCCUUCAGGAUACUACAGCAUCAGGGCUCUAAACCUAGAACGAAGCUGUGGACAACCGUUCCAAAAUCAGAAAAUACUGUUACCUUUUCUUCUGCCAUAUUGUGGGCUAAACAAAUUGGAAAUGCAGCUAAAAUUGGAUACGAUGUAGUGUUCAGGCAACCACGUGUACAUGAACUAUUUACUGAUACACCGGUGUAUUGGUGUUCCCUUCUGCACAAAAAGCUUAUGGGCUGCCAGGUUCUGGAAACCAAAUCAAGUCUAUUUCAAGAUGAUACGAACAUCUUCGCCCAUUGUACUCGAAAACAAAACAGUUUCGUCAGAAGAGGAGCUCUAACGGUUAUGAUAGUCAACGACCGUCCCGUUAAAUAUAAAGUAAAGGUGAAAUUAGGAAAUGGUAUUUCAGAAAAGUCUGUGGAAGUGCAAACUUACAUUCUCACAUCAAAGUGUUUGAAUUCAACGCAAAUAUAUCUCAAUGACGAAAUACUGACUCCAGAAAUAUUCCUUAAAAAGAAUAUAUUCCAACCGAAAAUUCGCAGAACCAAAGCUACUUCUUAUAUCUUACUCUCUCUACCGCCGUCUUCAAUUGGAUUCUUCGUCUUCCCCGGAGCCAGAGUUCCAGUAUGCAUUGAAAAGGAAAAGGAAACCAAUCUCUUACUGGAAGAGAUAGAACAGGAUCAGAAUACGGCGUUGUCGGAAGAGGUUGCUUUACUAUUGGGAAACAGAGGAAAAUUCACUAAGCAUAAUUAUUUGGAGCAAAUCACCCAAAAUCUGAAAGAGGAGAUGAAAUCGGACGAUAAUUAUUACAAGAGCCCAUCCAGAUUCUAUGCUACAUAUUCAGAUACAAACGAAGAUUUUGCAGAAAACAACAGUAAUAACCUAGAAGACAAAAACAAGAAACAUUUCUUUGACAGAACAAAAUUUGGCGACAAACAUAAGAAAGCUUUCGAUUUUGAAAAGAAGAGAGACUUCUUCAAGAAAUAUCUGCAAGAAAAGAGUAAAACUGUAAAACCAACACUUAAAACCGGUGAUAAACACACAAAAAUGGAACUGUCCAAUGACGAGAUAGAGAGGUUGUUGAAAGAGCGAGCUGUCGAAAGAGCCGCCCAGAAGAAUAUUAUCUUCACCGAUGAAGAGCUGGAUGCGUUAAUUAGAAAAGCUAGUAGGAGCUUACAUAAAUCUAGGCAUCGAAGAUCUGUCCAUCAUAAAAUGGCGAAGAGGGAUAUCAAUAUGCAACUUUUGGAGAAAUAUAGUCAAAUGGAUGACAACGGUCAUCACCACGAACACUCAAAACUUUCAAAACACUCACAGCAUCAUCAUCACUAUCAUCCUAAUGCGAAGAAAUGUAUGUUAAGGAGGAAGAAACAUAUUCACAGAAAGCGGAGAGCCACCAAUGUAAACUUGGGAGACCUCAAAGUCAAAAUAGCAGAACGGAAGAAAUUUUGGGAUGACAAACGUGACGAAAUUUUGGGAAAUUCGUUAACAUUUAAAGAAAACCUUAAGGACAAAAUUAGAGAACUCAAAUCAAACAUGAGAAUUAAAAGAGACAUAAAUAUGGAUCUUUUAGAUAACUCGUCAUCCUCUAAAAAGAAGAAGAAUAAAGUAGCUAAACAAACAGAAGCAAUAGAGGCAACAAUACGGGAAUCUGGCCAAACGAGUGCAGAUAUAUUGGAUGAACUUGCGGAUGUUGACGUAGGAGAGAAGGAAGAGAAGGAACAUAAAACGGAAGUUUUUGCUGAAUUAGCGGAUUCUGAAGAUUUAGAAGAAAUGGAGCUCUUUGAUCAUGAUACUGAUCAUAGUAGUAAUGCUCCAAAUCGUAGGAAAUUCAAACUCUUCGACAACAAAAAGCAUAAAACAGAUCACUUCGCGAUCGAGCAUCCAACGAUUGAUAUUGUAGAUCCGACUAGGCGAAGACAAAAAAAGAAAAAAUCGAAAGCCGAUGAUAAAUUACAGUUUUUGACGACUUCAGAAGAGUUUACUGAUAUCGAAGAGGAUGUGCCCUGUAUUCAUGAAUACUUUGGAACUGGGUUCACGUCUGAAAAGGAAGGAAAGAAGAAAGGGAAGAAACAAAUAGAUGAUUUUUAUGGACGACUUAGAAAAAAGAGGUCAGUCGAUAAUGGUGUAAAUGAGAACAACAAAAUUGAAGACACAAAAGGAAACAUAGAUGUCGCAAUUUUAAAACUUGAAGAAGAAGUGCCACCGCUAGAAGAUACUCUAAUGCUUGUGGAUAUUCCAGUUAUAGAUAAACCCAUUACUACUGCUUUUCAAAAUCUUGAGGCCCAUGUAUUUGAAGAAGCCCUUAACAACACAGUCUACGAAACGCAGGCAAGCAAACCUGAGCAUGAAGAUGACAAUGAUUCUUUAAGCGCAAAAAAUAUUGAACAAAACGAGAUUCUUAAAAGUUCUGUGAAUGACAAACUGGACGCAGCUAAGAGCACUUCAGAAACUCACAAUUCAAAAAUUUCUACUACACCAGUAACUCCAAAAAAUGUUAAUGCUUCUGAAAUUGCCUUCAAUGCUAACACGACCAAUACUAAUGGUACAGAGGAAUUGAAACCAGAACAUUCUGAAACAAUGCCAAAAACUGAAGAAGUUAAACCGGAACAGUCAAAACCUGUCGAGUUGGUAGAAGAAGAAAAGAAAGAAUAUGAGUCAGUGAAAUCAGACCAUUCAAAAACUGGGGAGUUAGUAGAAGAAAAGAAAUACUCCGAAUCAGUGAAAUCAAAUGAGGAAGAAAACUCUAUAUCAAAUGAAAUAGCAGACACACCACAUCGCAAAAAGCGUUCAACAGACGAAGAUUUCAACAAAAAGAAAAAAGAGUACAAGAAUGCCGAAGAUCUCCACAAAAAGAAGAAAGAACACAAGAAAGAAAAACUGGACAAAAAAACCGAAGACAAGAAUCCGAAGAAAAAACAUAAGGCUACUGAAACUUUAAACGAACAAAUGAACCAUCUCAAAGAAAAACUACAAGAAAGAAAAGACGAGAUCGAUAAAAUAGUACAUAAACAAAAAUAUAUGGAAAAAGAAAAGAAAGAACAGUGGAAAAGUAAAUUGCGCAAAAAGAAACGAUCACAUUUCUUUAAACCUAAUAUUGAAAUUGCGUGGCCUGAUAUCAACACCAGAUUUAAGUCUCAUCACGGGAAAGUCAAAAGAUCAAUUUUUGGCACUAGAAAAGUUUUUGGGAAUUACCAACCUGUGACAUCUGACUUAAAAGCAUGGAAACCUGUAGAUAUACCUGCUCUUAAAAGAGAUAUAUACAAAGCUAAUUCAAGAAAACUGUUACCUCCAAACGACUAUCAAGUGUUCAAAAAUAUAUUUAAAACACCGUACAAUAUAAGAAAACGAAGAUAUAUCGAUACUGAUGUAGAUAUCAGAGAAAACGAAAUAGACUCAGAUAUUAACGAAAUUCAUAAGGACAAAGAUAUACUCAAUAUGCCUGAAGAUGAUUUGUUAAAGUCCGAGCUUCCAACUAGUAUUGAGUUCGACCUCCUCAACGUUGAAAAGAAAACAAAACCUAAAAAGUAUGACAUUUACGAUUUUAGAUCAAAAUCUUCCAAGAGAAAAGAUGGCAAGAACAAAGAUAAUGAUCAUGGAAACGUAAAAGCCGAUUCGAAUUUUGACGACAAGGUAAAGGAAAUAGAUCCUUUUCAUAUUGAAGAGACAAAAAUAGCUAAACUGAAUAAAGCGCAUCAAAGCAAAGAGGAUGCUGUGGAUGAUCCUGCUCAUAUUGUUGGAGAAGAUAAACUGGAUAGUCACCUUGAGAGUACGAAAUCAGCUAACACAAAACAUGAAAAUAUAGAGCAUUUUGACAUUGAGCCUGUUGCUAUUUUUGGGCCAGACGUAGGCACACUAGAUACUAUUUUUGAAAAUACAGCUUCAGAAGAAACCAAUAAAGAUAACCACAAUAAAGAUACCCUUAUCUUUGAUCCUGUUGAUAUUUUUGAACAAAUAACAAGUAUUGAUGGUGACAGUGUAAAAACACAUACUAAACAUCAAAAGAAACAGCACCAUGAUAUUGAUCCAUUCGAUAUUUUUGGACUAGAAUUGAUCCCACUAGAUAUCAUCACUAACAAUUUACAAUCUGCCGAAAAACAUAAACAAUAUCACAACAAAGACAGUUUUAUGAUUGAUCCUGCCAAUAUUUUUGAACAAAUAACAGGUAUUAGUGAUUACAAUAUAAAAUCAGCAAAAACAAAUACGAAACACCAAAACAAGCAACACGGUACUAUUGAUCCAUUUGAUAUCUUUGGACCAGGUGUCACAACACUAGACAUCAUUGUUGAAAACACUGAAAAAAAUAAAGAAAACCACAAUAAAGAGACACAUAUGAUUGACUCUGAAGAUAUUUUUGGACAAGGUACAUUAGAUAUAAUAAUCAACGAUCAAAAAUUACUUCCAGAUAUUCUAGAUGUUAAUAACAUUGAAACACCAUUUACUCACCAAGAUUUUCCUAAGGAAAACAUCGAAAAACACGAGGAAAACAUAUUGGACGGCUUCUUUAAAGAUGAUACCUACAAAGUCCAACUGCCAAAUAACGAUGAAUUAGAUUUGAUCAAAAGAGGGGAGGACACUGAGAUCAAAUUAUUGCACCAUGAUGGACAGGCGGAUGAUAAAAACGUUGGAGACAAAAAAGAGGCUAUUAUAGAAGAUAUAAGUAGACUUAUUCCAGAUAUUCAAUCAAGAUUCAAACCUAUUGAGAGUGUGGAUAGGGUAUUGAGUGAUGUUAUGAAUUUUUUCACGAAUGUUGGUAAACAUUUAGAUAAAUAUUUAAGGCAAUUUGGCAUUAAAUAACCAAUAAGUAUAUUAUUUAUUAUACAGGGUGUCCCAAAAGUAGUGGAACGGUCGAAUAUUUCGCGAACUAAACAUCGGAUC